AUGACGACUCUCUCAGACCGGCCCAGCGCUCCAACAAGCGAUAGCGAAAAGAAGUCCCUCGACAGAUCCGACAACUCAGUCAACAAUGACACCCAAGUCCUCGCCACCUCGACCGACGGCCUCCACCGCAGGCUCAGCACCCGCCAAGUCCAGCUCGUAGCCAUCGGCGGCUCUAUCGGCACCGCGCUCUUCGUGAGCAUCGGCGGCGCCCUGCAACGUUCCGGUCCAGGCAGCCUGCUUCUCGCCUUUGGAAUCUAUAACAUCAUCCUCUCGCUAUGCAACAACUGCAUGGCCGAGAUGGCCGUCUACAUGCCCGUCAGCGGCGGCUUCGUCCGUCUCGCUGGCAAAUGGGUCGACGACGCCUUCGGCUUCAUGGCCGGGUACAACUUCUUCUUCUACCAAGUGUUCAUGGUCCCGUUUGAAAUCGUCGCAAUCACCUUGGUGCUGUCGUACUGGAGCGAUCAAAUUCCAGUGGCGGCUGUGUGCUGUGGGUGCAUUGCGCUAUACGCUAUCUUAAACCUGUUCGCCGUUGGCACCUACGGUAGUGCGGAGUUCUACCUUUGCAGCGGCAAGGUACUUCUCCUGAUCAUGCUGUUCUGCUUCACCUUCGUCACGAUGGUGGGCGGUAACCCUCAGCACGAUGCCUAUGGCUUCAGGUCAUGGUCCGCCGGUGCGUUCGCCGAGUAUAUAAGUCCUGGCCGUCUUGGACAGUUCGAAGGCUUCUUGGCUGCGCUGUGGUAUGCCUCCUUCACGUGCGUCGGCCCUGAGUACGUCUCGAUGAUGGUCGGAGAAGCGAAGCACCCUCGUAUCUACGUGAAGCAGGCGUACAAGGUGGUCUACCUUCGCUGCUGGAUUUUCUUCUUCGGCAGCGCCAUCGCCGCCGGCAUCAUCGUCAGCCACAAGGACCCAACCUUGACUGCCAUCUUCGGCGGCGAGAGUGGUUCGACCGGUAGCGCGGCAGCGUCGCCGUACAUCAUCGCGAUGGGUAACCUCGGAAUCGGUAUCUUGCCGCAUAUCAUGACGGCACUCCUGGUCACGACUAUCUUUUCGGCCGGCAACACCUGCACGUACAACUCGACGAGAGUUCUCUACGGUCUGGCUCUCGAGGGCAGGGCGCCUAAGUUCCUGACCAAGACUACCAAGAGCGGCGCACCCAUCUACUGCCUAGCCGUCGUUAUGAUCUUCCCCUUCUUCUCUUUCAUGCAAAUGUCGAGCUCAUCCGCCAAGGUCUUGGACUGGAUCAUCUCUUUAACGACCGCCUCGACCGUCAUCGACUUCAUCAUCAUCUGCAUCACAUACAUCAGCUUCCACCGCGCUUGCAAGGCACAGGGCUUCCACCGCUCCAAGCUACCUUACGUUGGCCGGUUUCAGCCAUACAGCGCGUACAUCGGCUUGAUUGCGAUGAUUGUCAUUGUCACAUGCUACGGGUACAUCUCCUUCAGCCCGUUUGAUGUGGGUUCGUUCUUCAUCCACUACACGAUGGUCUUCCUCGCGGCCGUUCUGUUCGUCUUCUGGAAGUUCUACAAGGGUACGAAGUGGUUGAAGCCGGAGGAAGUCGACCUCGUUUGGGAGGCACCGGCAAUUACCGCAUACGAGGAGAUGGAGAAAGAAGUCUACCCUCCGAUCGGUUUCUUACGAGACGUCGGCAACAAUUUCGGACUCAGUAAGGUUUUGAAGAGGACGCGUACGGAGGACACCGUCUGA